AGUAAAAUUGUUACCAUGUCGACCGAGUCAACCGAAAAUAAUUCUCGUGAUUCCUCAUAUGAGUGGUCAUUUAAACAUUUUGUUUCCUUGUUUGAAAAUUUCAAUCAAACGGAAAAUAAUAAUGGACUAGUUUAUAAUAUACUCUAUGUAAUUAGAGACGAUUCAAGUGCUUCGAAAGAAGUACACAAGACUGUAAAAGCUUUGUUGAGUAGGAAGAAUUGGAAGGGGGUUGAAAGCAAAUUAACUGAUAUAACCAAUUCAGUUAGGAGAAAAGUAGAAAGAAGACCACUUUCUAAAAAGAAUAAAAAUAAAUCAGCUAGUAACAGAAACACAUAUUCUACAACUUCCAAUGUUAAUUCUGGCGGAGUAGAUGAAAAUUCUAAUGAUCAAAGUGGUCCGCAACAAAAAUUUGUUAGUUCAACCGUUUAUCCUUACCCUCAAAUAUCUGUUCCUCCAAUGCAUCCUUCGCCUUAUCAUAAUUCUUUGCCUCUCAGUGCAACUUUUGAAGAAGAAUUUACAAGUUCUCAAGAAAAUAAUAAAAAUGAUCGAAAAGUUAUUCAAAAAUUGAAUAACAUUGAGAAUUUAGUAAAAGAGCUACAAAAAAUCAGAGGUAGCUAUAUCAGUGUUGCAUUCCAAUGGGAUGAUAGACCAGAAAGAGAACAAAAAGAUAGGUAUAUACCUCAUCUUAGAAAGAUUCCAAAUAUCGGAAACUUGGAAUUAGACAGGUUUUCUAUUUCCUCCAGGAUCCCACAACAUCACAUUCGGAUUCUUUUUGAACUAAAGAAAUCAAUUAAUGACGAACAUUUUUAUCAAGCUUUGGCAGAAUUGACUGCCGGAGAUUAG